AGCUAGGAGUGAAAGAUACAGAGGGGGAGGGAGAAUAGAGAGUGAGAGUGUGCUGUUAGGUAGACAACGAGCCUCAGUGUGUCUCUUGCCAUGCUUGAACUGGCAGCGUUUGGACUGAGCCGCUCCACGCCGCACGAGAAAAACAAUUGUGUGUGUGUGUGUGUGCGUGCUGAAUGAGUGAGUCCAGCCCGAUGCGCGCCACACCUCUGCAACUGUCCGUCCGAACUCUCCUCACUCCCUCGCGGACGCGUGUGUGAGGACGGACGCAUCCUUCUCGCCUCUCCUGCCGGAGUUUGCCCGCCGCCGCCGCCGCCUGUGCCCUGGAACACCUUUGGCCUCCAUGAGUGCAGCUGAGGAAAUCCAGCCUCUCCCCGGAAGAUGGGAAAUACCACGGAAACUUCCCAUUUCGUUUCCAAAAUCCCAAAGGAGCACGAUGUCUUCAUGGGUGCUUUAUACACGACCUUCUGCAUUCUGUCACUCUUGGGAAACGGCAUCCUGCUCCUUGUUGCGUAUCGUAAGAGAUCAUCUCUCAAGCCGGCAGAAUUCUUCAUCAUAAACUUAUCUAUUAGUGACCUUGGGAUGACAGUUACUCUCUUUCCUUUGGCGAUCCCAUCCGCCUUUGCUCACAAGUGGCUGUUUGGAGAGCUGACAUGUUUAUACUAUGCUGUAUGUGGCGUCCUCUUCGGCUUAUCCAGCCUGACAAAUCUCACAGCUCUGUCGUCCGUCUGCUGCCUCAAAGUCUGCUUCCCAAACUACGGUAACAAGUUCUCCUACUCUCACGCCUGUCUGAUGAUAGUGGGGGUGUGGUGCUAUGCCAUGGUGUUUGCUGUAGGUCCCUUGGCAAAUUGGGGUCACUAUGGCCCUGAACCUUACGGGACAGCAUGCUGCAUAGACUGGUAUGCACCAGGCCAGGACGCUCUGUCCAUGUCCUACAUUAUCUGCCUCUUCCUCUUUUGCUAUGCCCUCCCUCUUGCCAUCAUCCUCCUCUCCUACAUACUGAUCCUCAUCACUGUAUGGGGGUCACGACAGGCAGUACAGCAACAUGUUUCACCCCAGACCAAGACAACAAAUGCCCAUAUUCUUAUUGUGAAGCUUUCAGUGGCUGUGUGCAUCGGUUUCCUGACUGCCUGGAGCCCUUAUGCUGUUGUAGCAAUGUGGGCCGCAUUUGUGGAACCCAGUAAGGUUCCCCCUAUAGCCUUUGCAUUUGCAGCUAUCUUUGCCAAAUCCUCCACCACCUACAACCCUGUGGUGUACCUGGUAUUUAAGCCCAACUUUCGCAAAUCUCUGAGCAAAGACACCGCUCAGAUUCGCAAACGAAUAUGUUCCAGCCCGUGCAAAGGAAGCCCUGUGCCUGGUGAGAAGGAUCUUCAACGGCAAACAUCUCUACGCUGCAACAAGGAUGCUAGCAACUCCACACGACUCUCCAAUGGCCUAGCGGACAGCCAUGGGGCUUGUCUUCAUUGCACAGAGGCAGACCCUCAAAGGACUGCCCGUGUGCUGAUCGGUACAUCCUGCAGCGAGGUGACUGUGAGUCAGCUGCCGGAAAAGAUGCACGCUGACCUUCUGUGAAGGACCUGUAGGCUCUCCUCAUGCCAUCCCGAGGACAAACGUUAGGAAUAGAUGGAUGAGUGACCUCAAAAUGAAACUUCUGGCCACUAGAGAUAAGCUUGAGACAAGCUGUGGUCACUUCUGAUACUGAUGUCACGUGUUAGGAGCUGCAGAACAAUUGACCCUGCACUAAGUCCCGCCUUAAAAAAGGUUACUGACCAGUAGCAGCUGUCUGCAGUUGUUUCAGACUAGCUUGUGCUAUUUUAGUGAAAGUCUAUUCACAGAAAUGUGUAAUUCGAGUAAGGCAUAAGACAAGUUACAUAUAUGAGGUAAGCAGCUGCAAAACAUUUUGUGGGUUUCAUUACAUCAGUAGUCAGUUGUACCAAGUGGUUUUUUCUGUCCAACUUUAAAUUAUAAUAACUGUGAACAAUUUAUCCAUGCAUAUGUUUAUUUUAUUUUUUUUUAUCAUUUAGUUAAAUGGCCCCAGUAUCGACUAUGCUGGACUUCAAUCAUUUUGUUCACUUAAACCACGCAAAUCAAGUCAAGCUGUGAUUAAGUCAUUACUGGCAAUUAUAUGCAGGGUAGAAUGAGUGACAUUUAUCACUAUUUAAACUGACCUAAAAGCAAAUCAUUUGUUAAGUUAGAUAGUUUACAUUGUAUCAAAUUGGACAUUUUGAAAACAUUUGGAUUUGUUUUAAAUUGUUCCUAUGGGAUGGUUUUUUUUAAGGCUUGUCUGAGCCAAGGAGUUGGUGUCGGCUUGUCGCUUAACACAGUCCUAUUGCUCCUGCUGGUAGAUUGAUAUUGUGGUGGUUAUCUGAUAUACCACAAAUCCCCUAGACUGGUCAGCUGACAGAAUAUUUGAUUCUUUGAUUGUUUUAGCUGUCAAGGUGAAAUUCCUUAUCUGGUGCCCCAAAAUAAAACAAAAAAAGCUGGUAUUAAACAGUACUACUUUCUCUACUAAGGAAGUUAAUAUGGACCAGCAACUGUUUGGUUUCUUAAAAUUUUCUGUUCAAAAUAAUAAAAGAAACUUUUACGUGAAUUAUUCUUUUAAAGGGGUCAUAUGAUGUGAUAUAAAAUGUUCCUUUCUCUUUGGAGAAUGACAACCUAAAGUUGCACAGACUAAAGUCUCAAAACCAAAGAGAUAUUCUUUAUAAGUUAUGACUUACACAAGUUAUGACUUGUCCACAACCUACUAAAUUGGCUUGUUUAAACAUGCCCCCACUUUUGUACGUAACAGAGUGGGUUUAUUUUCAAAAACCGUCUAAAUGUUUACACAAAGAAAGAAGGCGGAGCUAUUAUUCUCGCUGUGGUGUUGCUGCGGGCGCCAUGUUCUGGAGACGCCGUGUGUCAUUGUGAAAGUGAAGCUACUUUGUUUGUGCUGCCAAAAGAGGAGAGAAAACUAGAAAUCGUUGGUUAAGUUGUGUUUACAACACUUCUCUAGAACAGUUCAACACAUAGAUUAAAUUUAUAAAGAACUGAUUUCUGAAUGCUGGCUGUACACAAAGACUAUACAGUAGAGCAAACUUUAAGUGAAGUUUUCUUUUUUUAAAGAAUCUGUUACUUACUACACAAACUUAAAUUUUGAGCAUUGUAGAGUAAUGCUUAUUGUUUUUAAUUUCUCUGAUCACGAAUGCAGAUAUGGUGUUAUGUUUACAAAGCGCGAUGCAUAAAAAGACAGUACUAAGUCAUUGUAAUUAGUAAUUAUAUCCCCACUGGGUGCAACAAACGCCUUGUUUGUAAUGUAUUUUAUUGUUUUUGUGUGAUAGCAC